AUGGAGCUUCAAUCAUUUCGCUUGAUUGGAAGCAAGAAUAUUGAGAAAGUCCGUUGCGACCAGGUUGAUGGACAUUAUAUCGUCUACUGGGAGGACAUCGAGAAUGGAUUCCCAGGGGUCAAACACGUCAAACACGACGAUGUCAUUAUCAAUUUGAUGAGAGAUUCGAAUCGACAAAGAAUUAUACCUCACUGCAUCAAGCACUACCCGGGUGUUGUCCUGGACGUAGUUUUGGCCUCUGGUGGCAAUCAUAUUCAUGACGGCUCUGCGAUGACAACUUCAAGGCUGGCUCCCACUGAUAGUCGAGCCGAAACUCCCACCCACACCAGAGGAAACACCACGCAUAUCCCGGACCAGUUCGUUUCUCUGGCUGCCGCCAUCAAGGAAGCCCGCCGGUCUGGAAAGCCAUUGACCUCUGAAGCACUCUCGUCGCUGAUUGCCUCGAGGUCGACUCCGGUAUCGAUGGCCAAGCCUGGCUUUGAGAGAACAGUCAUUCACAAGCUAGAUGGACUUUACGACCAAGGCGCUAUGACCCAGCAGAUUGCCCGGGAGGUUUGGGAGAUGACAAAGCAGAUGAACGAUCGAUUGAUUCUGAUCCAGAGCAAGACCGAGGCCAUCUUAACGCAGCAGUUGGAGCUGACCGAGUAUCCGAUUCCUCGGUUGUUCAUUGUCCUGCCAGAAGAACCAGCAAAGUACGAUCCCGGCAACUGGUUUAGAACCAAGUUUCGACUGCAUUUCAUUUGCGAGUGCGGCAAGCAUACCGAGACCAAAGACAGCAAGGUACCACAUCACCUCCACCUGGCAAAACACCAAGGAUAUCUUAUCCGUGAGCCGACCGAGUUCUUCAAGAAAUAUGGCCCCUUUCUCUUGUUGAUGCUCGAGCUGAUCAAGUUUGGCACACGUAUCGCCGGUCAUGUCGUGCCUACCUUGGCUAGUCUCAAGGUUGUCGAGUUGGCUGACUCUGUCAGACAGUCUGUCGAGUCGGUCACGGCCAAGAUCGAUUACUCGCUCGAAUGUAUCGAUAAUCAAUUGGCCAAAGUCCAAGCAUCAUCUCCAGGGGAUUCCACCGACACUGAGCCUCAAGCAGCAAUGACACAACAAGAUUUGGCCAACUAUCUGAGCGAUGUCGAGGGUCUGGAAGGUGUCGAGUUGCGUCAGUUGGGAUCACUCUUGAAGACGUCGGAGGAGGAGAGCCUUCUUGGCAAUCUCUAUCGAAUGACAACCUCUGAUGGCCAUGUCAAAUGGGUCUGCUACGAACACUACCGAGUCAGCUAUCAAGAGAAGAACACCCAGAAGCUCCGCGAUGUGGUCAACCUGGCGCGAGGAGAAUUUGAUGAGCAGCUGGGGAGGGUCGAGAUUGUCCUGACGUCCAGGUUUGCCGCCGCCGAGUUUUACAAUGCCGUCAGCAAAGCCAAGGGUGUCGUCGAAGUCAUCAUGGAUUGGGACUAUGAGUGCGCAAGGAGCGACCUUGAAGAGUUGGAGGACGCCCUCAAGAAGUCAAGAGUAUCGAUUCUUCGACUCGAUCUCCGACGAUUUCGUACAAGCCUCGGCAGCAAACUAUUAACGACAUCUGCUCAAUUUGGAGCACUAUUUCGCCUUCAGGAACUUUCCAACAUGGGAAUCAUUCACAUUCUCAUUUCCAGCGAGUUGGUCAAGCUUCUCAGUUUUCAACCAAAGAAGCCGUCUCAUCUUUGCAAGUUAUCCUUUGAGGUGGCAACUGGAACGUUUGGAAAAAAGGAAUUUGGAAUACUAGUAGAGUCGCUUAAGACCAACUCGACUCUGACCAUUUUGAGCUUGAGGAGCAACUCGAUCGGCGACAACGGAGCUCAGGCGCUGUCUGAGGCACUCAAGACCAACUCGACUCUGACCGCUUUGGACUUGUGGGGCAACUCGAUCGAAGGCUAUGGAGCUCAGGCGCUGUCUGAGGCACUCAAGACCAAUUCGACUUUGACCACCUUGACCUUGCAGCACAACUCGAUCGGAUCCAACGGAGCUCAGGCGCUGUCUGAGGCACUCAAGAUCAACUCGACUCUAACCACUUUGGACUUGCGGAUCAACUCGAUCGGAGACAGCGGAGCUCAGGAGCUGUCUGAGGCACUCAAGACCAACUCGACUCUGACCACUUUGGACUUGGGGACCAACUUGAUCGGAUCCGAUGGAGCUCAGGCGCUGUCUGAGGCACUCAGGACCAACUCGACUCUGACCACUUUGAACUUGGGGCACAACCCGAUCGGAGACAACGGAGCUCAGGCGCUGUCUGAGGCACUCAAGACCAACUCAACUCUAACCACUUUGGACUUGCGGGUCAACUCGAUCGGAGGCAACGGAGCUCAGGCGCUGUCUGAGGCACUCAAGACCAACUCGACUCUAACCACUUUGAACUUGGGGAGCAACUCGACCGGAUCCAACGGAGCUCAGGCACUGUCUGAGGCACUCAGGACCAACUCGACUCUGACCACCUUGAACUUUCGGCGCAACUCGAUCGGAGACAAUGGAGCUCAGGCGCUGUCUGAGGCACUCAAGACAAACUCGACUCUGGCCACUUUGGACUUGGAGCUCAACUCGAUCGGAUCCAAUGGAGCUCAGGCGCUGUCUGAGGCACUCAAGAUCAACUCGACUGUCACCAUAUCAGAUCCUGCUCACCCCCACCCAGUCCCAGAAGCGGAUCUCUGGCCACUUCUUGCAACCUCCUGGGACAAGGUUGAGUCGUCCUGUAUCUGCGUGGGAUUCCGUGAUUCCUACAUCAUGGAUCAAGGAACCUCGAGGCUUUUGGACUAG